AUGUCCCACAGUGACAUCAAUAAAUUGUUCAGCAAAAGCUCAAAGACAAAGAAUCUGACUGAGGACAGGACAGGGCUUAAGAACCCGGCACUGAUGAGGCAUAAUCUUAUCAUUCAUGGUUUAUCAUUUCAUUGUGUCUUAUCAUUUUUGUUUUUCACAGAUGAGUUGGUCAAGGCUCAAACAGGACAAUUCUACUCAUUUGGGAUCAACAGUGGAGACGCGGUCAGCCCCCAGAUUGAUGAUGGAAGCUCUCCUGUAGUCUCCCUUGCUGUCAGCUUUCCCUUUUUUGGACAAAUAUACCGCCAGUUAUACGUGAACAACAAUGGCUUCAUAACAUUUGACAGUCCCUCAAGUACCUAUGUCCCCUUUCGAUUUCCAGCCCGCUCAGGCAUUGAUAUCAUUGCACCAUUCUGGACAGAUCUUGACAACAGAAACAAUGGGAUCAUCUCAUACCGACAGAUCACCUUUGGAAGUGUCCUUCAACAGGCUACACGUGACAUCAACCAAUACUUCCCUCAGAUUCAAUUUACAGCCAGAUGGGUUUUUAUAGCAACUUGGGAUAGAGUGGCCUACUACCCAACCAGUGGAACGGAAACUACAUUCCAGGUCGUUCUCAUCUCAGGUGGAACAUAUUCAUUCGUUCUCAUGAAUUAUGGAAUUAUAGCAGCAACUGGCAGAGGUGUGGAGGCUGGAUACGACACAAGAACCUCAGACCACCAUUUUCUCAUCCCUGGAUCUUUUGAAAGCAACAUUACCAAUCUGAUGCACACCAGCAACGUCAAUGUUUUGGGACGCUGGGCAUUUCAUACCGAUUCUGGAAACACCGGCUGCAUGUUUAAUGGCAAUCCAGUGCAAGUGGGAGACAGCUUUUGGAGUGACAGUACAUGCCAGAGUAAGUGCACCUGUGUGAGCAGUGGCAAUCUGAGAUGCCAAAGUCAGCCGUGUGGCUUCGACCAGGUGUGCCAGGUCUCCACUUUCCAGUACUCCUGCCAGACUGUGCAGAGAAGGACCUGCACCAUUGCAGGGGACCCCCACUACUACACCUUCGACGGCAGACUCUUUCACUUCCAGGGCACCUGCACAUACGUUCUCUCCCAGACCUGUGGCAGCAGAGCCCAGGGGCUAGCGCCUUACCGCGUGGAGGGCAAGAACGAAAACCGCGGGAGCACGGUGGUGGCGUGGACAAAGCUCGUGCGGAUUAUUGUCUAUGGAGAGGAGAUUGAGCUGGUCAAGGGCAACACAGCUCAGGCCAAGGUGAACGGCAGCUUUGCCACAGCUCCUUUCUCUCUGCACAAUGGGACUGUCCGUAUCUAUCAGACUGGAUUCUCUCUGGCAGUCAGCACUGACUUUGGCUUGACAGUGGCAUAUGACGGCUACAGCUAUGUUACCAUCAGUGUGCCAUAUGACUACCUCAAUGCCACCUGUGGCCUCUGUGGCACCUUCAAUAACAACCCUGCAGAUGAUUUUCUCUCCUCUUCUGGCAGCGUCCUGAGCUCCGAUGUCAACUUUGCCAACAGCUGGCAGGUGUACAGUGAUAGUGAACCAGGCUGUCAGCCUCCUUGUGUGGGGGCAUCUUGUGCAGCGUGCCAGCCACAACAGCGAACCCUCUUUUCCAGCAUUUCCCACUGUGGCAUACUGGAAAAUCCUGUGGGAGCCUUCAAUGUCUGCCAUUCCAGGCUGCCCCCCAGCUCUUUCGUAGAAAGCUGUGUCUAUGACUUAUGUGUGGGUAGAGGAUACCAGCCUAUCUUGUGCCAGGCACUGAAUGUAUACGCUACGCAAUGCCAACAGGAAGGACUCCAUCCUGGUCAAUGGAGAAGACAAGGAUUCUGUGAAAUCACUUGCCCUGCCAACAGCCACUUUGAACCUCAGGGCACAGGAUGUCCUGCUACAUGCGCUGACCCUCAAGCGCCAUCCCACUGCCCUCUGCCCUCUCAGGAGAGCUGUAUAUGUGACACAGGGUUUGUUCUGAGCGCAGGGACGUGCGUUCCUGCGGCCCAGUGUGGCUGCACCUUUGAGGGGCGGUACUACAGUUUCGGCCAGACCGCGCUGUUGGGUGCGGAUUGCGGCCGCAGGUGCACGUGCCAAAAUGGUCAGAUGAGCUGCCAGGCUCAUGCGUGUGGCCCCCAGGAGGCCUGCCGCAUUGAGAAUGGUGAGCGAGGCUGCUACCCCCUGAGCUAUAACAUGUGCUGGGUGGAAGGGGCCAGGCGGUACCGCACUUUUGACGGGCUGACAUUCGAGUACCCUGGAGCCUGUAGCCUGACCCUGUCCAAGGUGAUGGGGCAGUCCUCCUUGCGCCGCUUCCUGGUGACUGCUAAGAAGGUACCCAGAGGCACACCGGGAGUUGACUUUGCCCGAAUCCUGAGAUUUGAGACCAGUGGUGUGGAGAUUUCCAUUGAAAUGGGACCAAAUCCCAUUGUACAGGUGGGUGAACAGAAUACCAGCCUGCCUUUCAGAAGAGAGGCAGAAGGGGUCCAGGUGUACUUGGCCAGUUUGAGCCGGGUGGUAGUACAGACUGACUUUGGUGUCCGCAUGGAAGCAGACUGGCCUCACCUGGUGAGGUUGACGGUUCCCAGCACUUACAAUGGGACACUUGGAGGGCUCUGCGGGAACGACAACGGAUAUGUUGGGGAUGAGUUUUGGACUCCUGAUGGUUCAUUUGAAAAUGACUCCCAGUCUUUUGGAGACAGCUGGCGGGAUGGGAGCCUGUCUGCCUUCUGUGUGGAGAACUUGCCUAGCACCUCACCACGCAGUGGAGGCAACAGCAGCCAGUACCUCUCCGGUCAGUUCUGUGGUAUAAUGGCUCUGCCCCAAGGGCCGUUUGGCCAGUGCCAGGGCAGGUUCAAUCCGAGCGAGAGGAUUGACAACUGCGCGAGGGAUAUGUAUCGGCAAGGAGGAGCCAGUGAGGUGCUGUGCGAAGCCCUGCGCAACUAUGCUCUGCUGUGUCAACAGAAUGGCAUUGCCAUCUCCCACUGGAGGAACCUCACAAACUGUCAAAUAAACUGUCCACCUCACAGCCACUACGAGCUCUGUGAGACCUCCUGCCCGGCUGCUUGCCCGUCGCUCUCCUUCCCUUUCACCUGCCAGGGAACCUGCCAAGAGGGAUGCCAGUGUGACAAUGGGUUCAUCUUGAGCAACGGCCAGUGUGUGUCUCCCAUUGACUGUGGCUGUCAAUAUCAGGGGCGGUACUACCGGGGCGGGCAGAGCUUCUGGGAUGGAGACGGGUGCCACAACUUUUGCCAGUGCAACGGAACCACAGGGAAUGUCCAAUGCUCACCGUCUUCCUGUGGGGAACUGGAAUCCUGCCGUAUCGUAGGAGAUGAUUAUGGCUGCCACCCUAAACCCCAUGGCACUUGUGUUGCUGCUGGAGAUCCACACUACCUGACCUUCGACGGAAGAGCCUUUGACUUUCAGGGAACCUGUGACUAUGUGCUGGCGACGCUCUGCAACUCUUCGACAGGGCUACCAAACUUUCAGAUUGAGGCACGCAAUGAGAGGUGGCAAGGCCUCUCAGUAUCUGUUACCUCAGACGUGUUCGUACAUGUCUACGGGAACGUGGUGCACAUCUCUCGAGGGUGGAGUGGAACAGUAGAGGUUGAUGAUGUGACUAAGAAUCUCCCAAUCCUCCUGCAAAGGGGUCAAGUGUCUGUUUAUCAGAGUGGCAUUUACACCUUCGUCAGUGUUGACUUCGGCUUGACUGUCAGCUACGAUGGCAACAGCGUUGUCUCUAUCACCCUGCCUCCACGUUUCAGAGGGCGCACCUGCGGCCUGUGCGGCAACUUCAACGGCCAGCCAGCAGAUGACUUUGUCACCCGCUCGGGGGCCCUGGCGCCAACUCCCUUCGACUUUGGCUCAAGCUGGAAGACAGCCAACAACCGCAGCUGCAGCGAUGGCUGUGGUAACUCGUGCCCAGCAUGCCCUGAUGAUAGAGUGGCCCGGUCGCACUGUGAGGUUAUUCAGGCCAGCAAUGGACCCCUGGCGUUCUGCCACUCCACAGUCAGCCCAAACACAUACUUCAACGACUGUGUUUUCGAUGUCUGCCUCUCUGGAAACCGUAAUGAUGUCUUGUGCAGGGCCGUCCAGGCAUAUGUUGGUGCCUGCCAGGCAGCAAAUGUCAGAGCGCUCCCCUGGAGGCAAGGCACACCAUGUGCUAUCUCCUGUCCGGCACACAGCCAUUAUGAGAUGUGUGGCACCGAGUGUGGACAGACCUGUGCUGGCACAAUCGAUGCGCACUGCGAUCAGACCUGCUCAGAGGGCUGUUUCUGCGAUCAGGGUUUUUUCAGAAGUGGAGAUCGCUGUGUCCCUGUGGAGGAAUGUGGCUGCCAAUAUGAUGGAUUUUACUACAAUGUUGGGGAAACGUUCUGGACACCAGGAUGUUCACAGCGGUGCAUGUGUCACGCCCACCAAGACUUGCGCUGUGUGGCAGCUGGCUGCACGCCCAGGCAGGAGUGUACCAUUCGGAGAGGUCAGCUGGGGUGCUUUGACCUCCUGUCUACCUGCACAGUUACGGGAGACCCACACUACUUCACCUUUGAUGGGGCCGUGGCUCACUUCCAGGGCACCUGCUCGUAUGAGAUCUCCAGGACCUGCGGCAAUGUGACCUCUGGAGACAGUGCCUUCCGCGUUGUCGCCAAAAAUCGCCAUCAUGGGAGCACGCUGGUCUCUUUUGUUUCUGCUGUGGACAUCUGGCUUUCUGAGGGAGGACAGCAGACACACAUUUCCAUUGGCACGAGUAGAAGUGUGCAGGUGAACAACAGGGCAAUCUCCAUUCCUUCUGCCAUUGGGUCUGUUGCUCAAGUGUCCUGGGACAGGGACUUUGUGGUGGUAAACGCCUCGAAUGACCUGGAAGUACACUUCAAUGGGAGGAGCACCCUGUUCGUCAGGCUUGGGCAGAGUCACCGCAGCUCUGUGUGCGGGAUGUGUGGGAAUUUCAACGGAGAUCCAGCAGAUGACAAAGAUCUGCCUAAUGGUUUGCCUGCAGGGAGCGAUGAAGAAUUUGGCAAUGGGUGGAUAUCAGACACCAGCUCCCCAGGCUGUGGGGCACGUGUUAGGAGUGGAGCUCAGGGCUGUCCAUUCCAGCAAGAGUACACCGAGCUCUGCAGCAUCAUCAGCAACACCACAGGCCCCUUCGCAGAGUGUCACAUCCACAUCGAUCCUGAGCCAUACGUCAGCGCCUGUGUGUAUGACCUGUGUCUCUACACCCCCGUCAAUGGAAUCUUUUGCUCUGCUGUCAGUUCCUACGAGGCUGCCUGCAACAUCCUGGGUCUUGAUAUUCCUGAGUGGCGCCCAAGUGUCCAAUGCUCCCUGACAGACCCCUGUGAGCAGCUGCACUGUACUGACCAGGAGUGGUGUGGGGAAAAGGAUGGAGUCUAUGGCUGCUUCUGUAAUGAGGACCACGAACGCCCAAAUGCCAACAACUAUGACGCUCAGGAGACUUGUUUCAGCAGUUCAGGCAUAAUGUCACUGUCCAGAUGCCUGCUGUUUGAAGAAGGAUUCCCUCCUCACAUUUUGCAUCUCAAUGAUCCCAACUGCACUGGGACUGUCAUCAAUGGUCGGGUGGAAUUUCUCUUUGACAAUGACAAUCACACCUGUGGAACAUCCCUAACGACAAACGGCACACACUUCAUCUACAACAACUCCAUCCAUGGGGCCAUUGACUCCAGUGGUGGGGUCAUCAGUCGAACAAAACAUAUAGAUCUGAAGUUCAGCUGCGUGUACCUACUGUCUGAGACCAUGUCUAUGCCCAUUGGCAUUCAUCCAUUGGAGAGCAUUGUGAGGAAGAACCUACCUUCAGGCAUUGGGACCUACCAGGUGCGCUUGGUUCCUUACCAAGAUUCACAGUUCAGUCAUCCUUUCACGGGGUCUCAAGUGGACCUAGAGCUCAACCAGAGGGUUUAUAUUGGAGUUUUUGUGAGUGGAGUGGAUGACCGGCAGUUCUCCAGUGUCCUUGAGUCCUGUUGGGCAACACCUGUGAAUGACCCAUUUUACAGCAUUCGAUGGAACCUCAUUACCCAUGAGUGCCCCAGCUCUAAUGACCAGACAGUGGAGAUCAUCCAGAACGGUGUCUCCACCACCAGCCGGUUCUCCUUCCAGAUGUUUGAAUUCAUAGGAAACACCUCCAUGAUCUUCCUGCACUGCCAGGUCAAGCUCUGCAUACUUGCAGGAAAUGACUGCUCUGCGCACUGUUACCCAGGAUACCAUCGCAGAGUGGCCAGGGAUGUGAAUUUCCAUGAUGGCACCUCAAUUUCAAUGGGUCCUCUGACUUGGUCACAACGAUCAGAGUUCCGAAAAGUUCGAUCUGUGACGGAUGGCUCGUCUGCUGUCUGUCCCAGCCUGCUUCUGCUGCUGUGUUUCAUUGGUACUAUGCUGAUGGGCUAGAUAUCAGGGACCAAAUUCAAAGACUAAAUCUAGAUUUUCAGGGAUAGGUGUAUAGGGGACACACUGCUACAACCUUUUCAUAUUAUUUUGCCAGUUGAAUGUUUUGCAUACAGUAGUACAGAAAGAGCAAGUCACUAGUAAUAAAAUUAGUAUAGCUUUGCAAUACAAGGGAGGUAGGAAGAGUGCUCUUUAAUUUAAAGAAAAGCAAUUUUAGUGGAGGACAACUACAAUAUAUUAAUAUUAAUCAAACUAGCCUCCAGCAGGCAACCCAUUUGGAAUAAACAGUAAAAUGCAAAUUAGUAGGUGAUUCAGCUUAUUCACAAUAUACAGUCUAGAAUCCUCUGUUUUGUUAUGAUCAUUUGAUGAAAUCUGUAUACAUAAUUUGUAAUACUUUGUAAUGCAUACCUUGUAGUCUGUUCCAGCCUAACAGACAAACGUCAGCAUUGAGUUUAAAGGUUUUUCUGUGGUCCAAGAGAGUGGCACUAUUGUAUUGAAGAAGAAAGAAAGUAUUUUAUUUGUUCUUGAGUUUUAUUAAGUGAAAUUGUUAUUUUCUAUUUUUUCUAAGGAACAAUGAUGAAGACACCCAUAAUAUUGUAAAAUGGUAAAUAUAAUGGUACUGGUAAAUUCUUAUUUUUUAUUUGAUCAUUGUGGUGGUGUUUAUAAAGAAAAGACUAUGUGAAUCAAAAUAUAUCAAUUAUACUGUAUACCACAUUCAUUUAAAUUAUAAUUGCUAAUAAAAAUCAAUGUUAGGAAGGAUUUGAAAUAGACAUUUAAAUUUCAGAAUAUGGGAGUAAAGCUUGAGUUUAUACUAUAUUGUCAAAAGUAGAUUGCAUCUGAAUGAUUAAUGGUAAUAAAACUAAAUGCUUGUAUAAAGUUGUUUAUUUUCAUUUCAGCUGUGAUUCUAGUUAUGCCAGUAGAUAGAAACAGAAAAUAAAACUGUCUUCUAAUGUGUAGGUCUAGAUUCAGGUUUGGUUUUGAUAGCAAGCACACACAGCUUUGUGUCAUCCUCAGUUGAGAAUUUACAAAGGUACUGUAUAAAUAAUACGGGAUUUGGCCAUUUCAUUUAUUUUACUUCUACAAUUAUAACACUGGGCUGUCCAGU